CGCUAAGUUUGACAAUAAUAACAAAGACACGGGAGCAAGGAAAAACAUAUAGCACGCGAGCUUCUCUUUCUCCUGCGGACUUUUAUUUUCCCUUUCUCGAUCUCACCUGCUCGUUUUUAGAAAACAUCUUCGGUUUUUCUGAAGACUGUGGUUGUGAUCAGCGAGAGCACUCAACCAAUCGCGGAUUCGCAUUUCCAUACACCGCCUCCCCUGACGGCAAAUUGCCAAUCCGUCCUCACGAUGUACAACUCACUCUCACUUCUCGCUUUGGUCGUGCCAAUUGCUCUCGCUGCUCCUGCACCAGCCCCAGCUGCUGUAGCAGUUCCGCAUCCUAUGAUCACACCCCGAGCAUCAUUGACUGAUCGCAUUCCUUCGAAAGUCCAAGAACGUGGUGUUGUUAGCUCCAUCGAAAGCUCGAUUGAGGGUCUCGGAAGCUACUUGACUAGUGUUUUGGGUACUUAUCCUUCAUAUGUCGCCAGUGGAGUUCCAAACUUCUUCCAAGAUUUUCCUACUGGAUCUGCCGUAGAAAGCAGUCUUGGUAUUAGCGAUAGUGACUUGGCUGCUUCUCCAACUCAAGCCUUGAACAUUCCUGGAUAUGCGAACUGGACAGACCAAGGAUGGAACCUACGAUUCCACGGAAACAUCUACAAGCAACCCAAUAUCUCCGAAUCGAAGCUCGACGAUUUGGCCAAUGUCUUCCUAGUUGGCACAUCGAUCCAAGCCUUACCACCUGCAGAACAGACACAAGCACGCAAUCUUACUGCUGAGAUCUACGUGGUUCAACAGGGCAAUGUCAAUGUCACAUUCAACAUUGAGCCAGCUGCAAGCCAAGGCACUGAUGGGACAGCCAGCGGUAGUGGAGCAGUGACACCAGGAGGCGGAGCACAAAACAUCACAUUAGUAGGAGAGACAACUGUCGAGGGAGACUUCGAUCAGUUCGUUCCUCUUGCAAAUGUCUCGGGUCCAGGAGGGUACUUGAUGGCAGGAAACGAGACGACCUCCAUCCAACGAGUCAACGUCUACACCAAUGGCACAGACACCGGAAAUGCCACCUCCUACCUUGUCCCACCGGCAGGUCUGACAAUCGUUUCCGACAUUGACGAUAUUCUCCGCAUCACCCAAAUCUACGAGCCUGCCCAAGGUCUCCUCAAUUCCUUUGCAAAAGCCUACGUACCAUGGAUGAACAUGCCUGACAUCUACGCCAAUUGGUCCAAGAGUAUACCCGACUUCCACUUCCACUACCUAACCACCACCCCUGAGCAAGUAACAAGAAACUACAUGGACUUCAUCUACAAGACCUAUCCGGGCGGCUCCUUCGACACCCGCCCUCUCAACUUCUCCGACGUCAGCGAAACCCUCUCAAUCCGCAAAUUCCUCCUCGAAAAGAUCUUCCAGACCUACCCCGAGCGAAAAUUCAUCUUGAUCGCCGACACGUCAAAUUCUGACGUGAUGAAAGACUAUCCCGCCAUGGCCACCGAGUUCCCAGGCCAGGUCCAAUGCAUAUUCCUGAGAAACACCACAGCGACAGAUCCGGGAGAUAAAUUCCCGUAUGAUACGUCAGGAUUUCAGGGUCUGAAUCAGAGCAUGUACAUGUUCUUCCUCGUCCCAGAUGAUCUCACGAAUCUGGACAUCGUGAACGGACAAUGCUACAACUCGACGAUCCCGCAGAACGUCACGUUUAGCGAGCAAGGGUUGCCCUUUGGGUUGAGCAAGAAGAGUGCUGCUGGACGAGUGGAUGUUGGGUGGAAUGGGGUCGCGGUUGCCGCUUUCGCGAUGGUGUUUGGGGCGUUGUUUGGGGUGUUAUGAUAGCAUCGCGGAAUGGCGUUGGGCGGUAUUGCAUUGCGUUGCGUUGCAUUUUAUGAAUGAAUGAUUUUUUACCAAAU